AUGAACAAGCUAUAUUGUUCAGCUCAGAUGUUGCAGCUAGAUUCGAAAUCGAAAUACAAACCUGAAUUUAACGAUCAGCCACAGUCGUCCAUCCCAAAGCUCCCUGAGUUGAGUUUUCAAGAUGUUGAGAAAUAUUUUUCCGAUUUGUGGUUUGAACAAAUAUCCAUCAGUGAAGCGGUUAACAGAAGUGAAUAUCAUACAUCAAAUACAGCUGAAAGAAAUUGUCAAACGAUCUCAUCAUCUGACGAACAGUUGUAUAACACUGAUAAUCAUAUAUUAGCGAACCAAUUGUCCAUAUUUCCUAAAAAUACCGACAGCCGUAAAAUGAGCACGGUUGAAAAUAGACGUAAAAGACGCUGGAAAACCAUGGCACGCGCUAUGAUUCCUAAAACACAAUAUUUUUAAUAGCUUUAAAUAAUUUCAGAAAUUACAAAGUCCUAAUUGUCACUCACGUCUAUCACAUAAAAACUAAUCACAAUAACUUUAUUUAGAUUCACAAGAAUGAUGUAUAAAUUUUUAAAAGUAACUUGAUAAUUUCUUGCUGAACAUUGCAUUUCAUAAAGUUUCUAAUCAAUGCCUUGUUUUCCAUAUAUCUGUCAGGUGAUGUCACUUUUGGCUAUCAGGUUGGAUACAGAAGUUCCAUAAUCUAUCGAUGUCAGUGAUUAAGAAUAUAAAGAUUUCAAUGAUCAAGCCAUCAACUUCAAGUUAGUAUUUAUCCAUCACUUUAAAUGAAUAAUAAGAAAUGCUUUCCCUAAAGUAUAGGGAAUGUCAUUCAUAUAUGUUAACAUUAGUGAUCUUGGUGUAACUUGAACAAAACUGGUACUUACCACAGGAAACCGUGAUUCUCACGGCCCAAGAAAGAAGACGAAGACAAUAGAUGAG